GCCGACCCAGUAUAAAUAUCCCAGAAUAAGUAACAAACCCUGCACUCUUUUCCUACUUUUCUCCACGGAAACGAAAACAGGAAUUCAAGAUGGCAGGUCCUCUGGUAAAGGCAGCUCUCCUGCUGGGAGUGGUGUGUGGAGCUGUGGCUGAUGGAAGCUAUGCUUCCCGCGGUGGAAGCUUUGGAGGUGGACCUGUUGGAGGCGGCAUCUCCGGAGGAGGAGUAGGAGGUUUCGUUGGAGGAGGCAACUUCAUUGGAGGAGGAGGAGGUGGUGUUGGGGGAGGCAGCUUCAUCGGAGGAGGCGGAGGCCUUGGCGGCAUCGGCGGAGUCGGCGGCGGCAGAGUUGACGCAGGACACCUCGUUGGACACGGUGUCCUCCCUGCUGGCGGCGGCUACUCCGGAGGUGCUGUCGGAGGUGGAGGCGCUGGAGGUUUCAUCGGAGGUGGCAGCGCAGUAGGAGGCUCCUUCGGAGGUGGAAGCUCUUUCGGAGGAAUCAGCUCAGGAGGAGGCUCUUUCGGAGGCUCCGGUGUGGGAGGUUCCUUCGGAGGCCCCAUUGGAGGCGUGUCUUCCGGACGCGUUAGUGGAGGAUACGGCCGAUAACCAUACU